AUGUUUGGCAUAUCUGCUUUGGAGGGAACAUUCUCGUCGGUGAUGUGGUUUUUCCAGAAGAUGCCAAUGAGCUGUCUUAGACAGCGCAUAUGGGAAGCAUUUAUCCUUAGCUUGACAGGAGUUAGAUUGCAGGAUUUACUACCAUAUCGGAGGUGUGUGGCUACCAGCAGUGAUUUGGAGAGUGAUGCUAACAUUCUGACUCAUAAUGUUGGUCUUUGGGCUGAUGUUCCCUCUGUCGGAUCUUUUCCGGAUGGCCGAGAGGGGGAUUCUGACGUCUGGGUUACCCAGGAUCUCAGUAAUAUUCUGCUCAGGCAUAAGCCCUUAAAAGCUGAGUCAAACGAUGUAUUCGACGAGAAACUUGUGUCUAAGUCUAAAGAGAUCCAUUCAAAGGAAGAAAUAUGCAUGCUUGGGGACUUUAAUGCUCGGAUGAAUUCAGAACACAGUUCUUGGCCACGUUGCUUUGGAUACUCUGAUAUUGGCAAGUUCAAUGAGAACGAACAGCGACUAUUUGAACUAUGCUCCCAACACGACCUUCGUAUUACCAAAACCCCAAGGUUUGAUACUGACCACUCCGUAUUCAGCAGCAAAGUACGCAUACAACCCAAACGUAUUGACCGAUCCAAACAAAAAGGCCGUCCUCGUAUCACCACUGCUGGAAUGUCUAUGCCAGAUUUAAAGGAGCGUUUCACAAAAGCAUUGGACGAGGCCCUUAUGAAUUGCCCGAGAGUCAAUGCAACAGUCACCUGGGAUUACAUCAAUGCCGUAUACAUGACUGCUUCAAAAACCUAUUGGAUGAGAACGAGAAAGAAUGAGUACUUGAUUUUAAACUAUUUCAUAAUCAUAGAUGAUAGAAAACAGGAUCAAAAUCAUUCCAAGGAGAAAGAGGCCAUAUUUGACAAGAUGCUUCAAGGGAAGAUUGAUAAUCUUCCUCAUCUUCCAAGAUCAGUUGUCAGAAUAUUUAUCAGCUCAACGUUUUCAGACAUGAGGGCAGAGAGGAACAUCCUAUCCCAUGAGGUUUUUCCAAAGCUAAAACAGCUAUGUUUGUCCAAGGAUCUAGAUUUUCAGGUGGUGGACAUGAGGUGGGGUGUUACAGAAGAUUGCCAGAAUGACCACAGUGUGGAUAAAAUCUGUCUUCAGGAAGUAGCGAAUUGCCAAAAGUUGUCACUAGGACCUAACUUUGUGGCCAUCAUGGGUGACAGAUAUGGCUUCCGCCCAAUUCCUACAGAAAUCAGUGAGGAGGUUUUUCAGACUCUGAGAGAAGCAGUCCAGAAGAAUGAUGUAAAACUCAACGCUGUCAAACUUCUCGAGACAUGGUACAAAUUAGAUGAGAACUGCUUGCCACCUAUGUACAUACUUCAGCCAGUCAGAUCCCAGUUUCCAUUCUUUGGGGACUACUCACCGGGAUGUGAUGAAUCUCGAGCUCAACAUACUCAAGAGUGGGAGAAAACAUUUGCAGAUUUGAGGGAUAUUCUCAAAAGUGCUGCAUUGUCUUCACAUCAAGCAAACAAACUAACAGACAAACAAUUGCAUGAAUUCUACAUGUCAGUGACGGAGAAAGAGAUUGAAAAUGGAAUUUUAGAUGCAAAAUCUCCAGGCCAAAGUGUUGUUGUGUUCCAUCGAGAAAUCCAGUGUUUUACGAACUACGAAGACAGAAUGACAAAACGACACAUUGACACCACUGUAGAGAAUGGAAAGGCUGUUCCUGACCAAGAAAUCAAGUAUCUUCAGGGAAAAUUGGAGGAAAAAGUAAAGCAAAGGAUUGAAUCAAAGUAUUUCCAUGAUUUCACUGUGCGGUGGCUUCCAACUGGCAUUGACCCAAAAGCAUCCGAAGAACAUAAACAAUACCUCGACAAUUUCUGUGAGUACUUUUAUAAUGAUUUAAAAAGCCAGAUAGAAGCUGCUGAUAAUGAGAGAGAUUUCCGUCCUAAUCGCAAAGCUGGGUAUUACAGUGAUUUCAAUGAGGUGCUUCAUCAUUUGCAUUUUUGUGACACCAAAUGCCAGACAUUCUGUGGACAGGAAAACAUCAUGGACAGUGUUAAAAAGUACAUUUUGGAUGGUGCAGUGAGAAAGCCUUUUGUCAUCUAUGCUCCCUCUGGAAAUGGAAAGACAUCUGUAAUGGCCAUGAUCAUGCAGAGUCUGCCUGAGUGGUUCAAGAAUAAACCGCACGUUGGAAUUAUCCGCUUCUUAGGCACUUCUGCUCUGACUCUGAAUAUUUAUGAUGUGCUGCUUAGUGUGUGUGGACAGCUUGCUGAUGUUGCACAGCAGAUCAUGGAACCUGUAGGAUACAAAAGUAUGAAGAAUAUCCAAGAAUACAUGCCAAGGUUUUGGCGAAAGAUCGCAAAUUUUCUGAAAAAGCCAAUUGUUAUUCUUCUGGAUUCUCUUGAUCAGUUGUCACCUUUACACCAUGCUUAUGGACUACAAUGGUUGCCGACUACACUGCCACAGAACAUUAAGCUUGUGGUAUCCACUCUUCCCAAGGAACAUGGGAUACUUGAUAACUUGAGAGCUUUGCUGCCAGAUGAGAAGUGUUAUGUGGAGAUUCCAGAGCUUCCCUUGGAAACUGGGAUUGCCAUUAUUAACAAAUAUCUGUCAAAGCAAAACAAAAAAAUAACAGAGAGUCAAGAAAAGGUUUUGAUAAACACCUUUAAAAAAUGUCCUGGACCUUUGUUCCUUAAACUUAUUCUGGAUGAGGCACUCAAAUGGAGGUCUUUUACUUCGCCUCAUCUAGUAGAACUAGAGAAGACAGUCCAAGGAGCCAUUAAUAAACUCUUUGACAAUCUUGAGAUUAAAUUUGGAAAGGUCAUAACAAGCCACGCUCUAGGUUACAUCACCAUAGCAAGAGACGGUAUCUCUGAGAAUGAGCUGGAGGAUGUGUUGUCAUGUGAUGAUGAAGCUUUAGAUGAUGUUUAUCGUUACCACAACCCACCAGUAGAGGGCAUUGUUAGAAUACCCCCUGUUCUGGCUGCUAGGAUAAGAUAUGACAUUAAGGACUACAUCGUAGAGAGAAUAUCUUCCGACAAGUAUACUAUGAACUGGUACCACAGACAAUUUAUUGAAACAGCCAAAAAAAGGUAUGCUUCAGGAUCACUUGGGGAAAAGCUAAACCGAAAUUUGGUAGAAAUUUUCAUGAAUGAAGAUGGAGUUAAAAGAGACAUCACUCUUUCCAGGAGAAAGUUGACAGUCCCGAAUGCAGACAGACAAAUAACUCCACAACCACUUACGUGCAAAAACAAACGAAUGUUGCAAUGUCUUCCGUACCACAUCACCCAUGCUGGAAAAGCCCUGUCUGAAGUGUUAGCUAAAGAAAACUGUUUUUGUAAUUUCAAAUUCCUGAGCAGUAAAUUAUUUUCUAGCGGUGUUGAUGUAAUAGUGGAUGAUUUGUUUGAAUACCUGGAAAACAAAAAAGAUGAAGAAAUCAAGAAACUCAGAAAUUUUUUCUGCUUGACCAAGAGUGAGGUAUCAAAUUCGAGCAGACUUGCAAGCAAUAUACUUUCUUAUAUUAAUUCUGAUGUUAAUGAAUCUUGUCUUAAGAAGUUGAAAGAGCAAGCAACCAGGUACUUAGAAAAUCCUGACAACCCUGGAUUGAUACCAGUUUAUCCUGGACUGGCACCUAAGAAAGAUCUUUCUUCAUCUUUUGUGCAUUCAUACGAUGGAAUAGAGGAAGUAAUAAGCCGCAGUGAAAGCUCACUUUUGGUGAAAACUUACAGGAGAGGAAAUGCAAAGGUACAAGAUUUCCCACAUAAAAUGUUCCACAUUGGCACCCAAAUCCUCCAGCAAGUAAAUAUUCCAGACAUCAAACAGACAAAGCAUUAUCCAAUCCUAGACAAAGCAGGGGAAAAUGUCAUCUAUACCUCACACGAUUCCAUCACUCUGUUUCACCUUGUUAGUGGGAACCGUGUCACCAAAAUCUUUAGAGAUAUUACCAAUGAUUCAUCUAAAAACCAGAUGGUUUCCAAGGUGAUGAGCACAGACACUCGUCAUGUAGCUGUUUUGUUAGAUGACGGAGACGUUUUAUUACUGGAGAGUGACAGUCUGAUGCUGGUUGAUAGAUGGACUUUGAAAGAAGAAGUGGGGGAUGUUAUGGGAAUUCUAUGUACAAAAAGUGACAAUCUACGGAUGCUUGUGGCUGUUAAUUCAGAGUCUGGUGGUUCUAAAAAAAGUGAGCUUCGGCUGUAUAAAGCUGGAGAAAUGGAACCAAAACAUUAUCUUUUUAAUUAUCCGUUGUGUAAUGGUUUUCUUGGACUGUCCAACAAGGAUUCCUACUUUACUGCUGUUGCAAAAGAUGGAAUCUCAUCAAAGAUUUUGACUGUUGAUAUAAUCCAUGCAAAAGAAAUGUCUAAAAUAGAUAUUGAAGAGAGCAUAGAACAGAUAGAAUUUUCAAAAUCUAAUGCUUUUGCUUAUGUCUUAAUGAGCACAGGUAAAGUGUCUGCUGUUGAUUUACAAAAGAGUGAGGUCUUAUUCCACGUGGGGACUGAAAAACCAGUCACAAUCUUUGCAAUUAGAGAUACAUGCUCUUCCGUGCUCCUUGGUGAUAAUGAAGGGAUUGUCACACUGUACAGUUCCAAGACAGGAGUGAAAUGUGGAAGUUUCCAAGCAUAUACAGGGGCUGUAGAGAAAAUGUAUGUGUUUGAAGAUUAUUUGAUUACUCAGGGUCGAAAUGAAAUGAAGGUAUGGUCUUUGACUGAACUGCUGGAGGACAUCACAGAGUCAAUGAAGAAAAAUAUGGAGCUUUUGGCUCUGAAUACAGUGUGCAGUUUUGAUAUACAUCCAAAUGGAAUGGAGCUAGUGACAGUUUCAAGAGAUCACAUGCUACGGGUUUGGUUAUUGAAUGAUGCAAAAUUUAUAAAGGAGUUUGACAUUGGUAUGGAAGCUCAAAAGGUAGUCAUCUGUGCAGAUGACAAAUGUUGUCUUCUGGACAACAAAGGGGAACUGAAAGUUGUCAGUUUAAACAAAACCCAUGAUGUAGCUAUAGAUUUGCCAAGUCACGUUAUUGAUUUUACUGUUGGAAAAGAUGGCGUUACUGUUUAUACAAUUGGACAAAAAGAAAAAGCCUUGAUUGUCACUGUUUUGGAGCUAGAACAGGGAAAUACCAAAGAUUCUUUUACUCUUGAUGGCUGUUUUGAGAAUAUGAUUUACAAAGGUCCUCUGAAGUUUGAAACUCUUCAUUUGUGUCUGAGUGCCAGUGAAAGAUACCUGUGUGUACGCAGCAAGAUUCUCCCAUCUGAGUACAAAGCAAUUGAAGCAUCUUGGAAGAAGAAGGGUGUUCAACUUGACCAGGUUAACCUCUAUAAGUUUAUGGCUGUGGAUUUGAAGCAUGCAUUUUCUUGGAUGACAACGGAUUUUGUAAAUGGUGAGCCACAUCUUAAAACUCUUCAUUACGAGGCGCUAAAUACCUGCAUCGCUGACUUUACUAACGUACCAACUCUUGGGGAAGAAAUAUGUGCCAAUGUGGAAAACGAAAUGAUUAUAACCACUAUGAGAUCUGUCGUUUUCUGGAAUAUUUCCAAAGUUGAUUCAGGUACGUGUAAUCAAAGGACUUGCAAGAACAAGAAAUAUUUCAUGAUGUACAGGCCGUCUUGGUUCAACAACCCUGAAGAUUGUAAAGGAACCACAAAAGCGAUGGUUCGGAGCAAAGAUGGCAAGUUCCUGGCAUUGGGUUCGGAAGAUGGCUACUUGUGUAUCUACAGCAUAGACUCAGGGUAUCCCAUUGGAGAGAAACUACCGUCCACUAAACACUCUGCCUCAGUGAUAAAGGUUGCAUUCUCCCCGGACUGUCAGUGGGUAGCAUCUGCCUGUCAGAACAACACUAUCAAGCUCUGGGACGUCUCCUCGGGUAAGGAGGUCUUCAGUACACGGGUAGAUGCUGAAGUCCAACAGAUGAACUUCUCCGCCAAAUCCCAGUAUCUGGUAGUCCUUACUGGGACAAACUUUACACGGGUGCUGAUCUACAGAUUACAUACAGGAAAGAAAUAA